GCGUCGGCUUCUCCUGGUUUUCUUGCUUUUUGCUUUUCCCUGCCUCCUUUGAUCCGAGAAGACCUUGUUUUUGCAGCUACCACGUACUUUAGGGCAAUGAAUCGUGGCCGAGGUCGAACCCCAUACGGUCGAGGUCGCAAUUCUCCAACAACGCGAUGGGCCCCAUGUUCCUAUGAUCAAUCCAAGCAUCCUCUCGACCCAGUCGCUGGAGAUGGAUCAUCUGGCAGUAAAUCAUGGCCUGCAAAAGAUGGAAUGAAAAGUUAUCAGCAAACCUCAGGUAGUUCUUGCAGGGUGCUGGUUUCUCAAACUUCAUAUUACUAUAAGCAGUCCUCCUCCUCCUCAUGUGAAGGGGAUGAUGAAUCGGUUAAAGUGACUACUUGUCAACUAAAGCAAAGCGUUCCUGACACUUCAAGUGCUUGUUCAGAAGACCGGACCCUUGGUCGAUUGCAAAUCAGUUACCAAGUCUAUUCCUUUAUCAUCUGUUGAUUCUGGCUCUUCAAUUUCUAGU